CUCUCUCUCUCUCUGUCUUCUUCGUCGCGUUCCGUUCUUCUCCGAAGCUGGAGAAGAGCCAUGGAGGCGAGCGAGAGAAGGAGAGAGACAUCGACAUCGACAUCAACCUUUACCGAAAUCCCAUUUGGGAAGUAGAUGUCUCAUGGUCGUGUUCGUUCUCUUUCGUUAGCUCUUUCGGGGUCAGAGAUUCUUGUUUUUUUUAUUUCUCUUUGUAAGAAAAAGAUUUUGAGGUGGGGGGAGGAUACGAGAUUGGCAAAUGGGCAAUUGUUGCGGCUCCCGCAAGAAGGAAGAGAAGUCGGAGACGUCGCUUACUACCACCUCCGGAGGUUUAAAACUUACUCAGAGCAGUAUCCACUCUUCAACUGCUUUGAGUCCAAGUGUUCAACCUCGAGGUGAAAUGUGCAGACCUGUAAGUCUCCCCACUCCGAGAUCGGAAGGUGACAUACUAUCAUCUCCGCAUUUAAAAGCUUUCACAUACAGCGAGCUUAAGAACGCCACGAGAAACUUCCGUAAAGAUAGCCUUAUUGGAGAAGGGGGCUUCGGUUGCGUGUACAAAGGGUGGAUUGAUGUGCAAACCCUCGGUCCUGCAAGGCCAGGAUGUGGAAUGGUUGUUGCUAUCAAGAAGCUUAAGCCAGAGGGUUUUCAGGGUCACAAAGAGUGGUUGGCAGAAGUGAAUUACCUUGGUCAACUUCAUCAUCCAAAUCUGGUCAAACUUAUCGGGUACUGCUUGGAUGGUGAUAAUCGGCUUCUAGUGUAUGAGUAUAUGCCCAGGGGAAGUCUCGAAAAUCAUCUUUUCCGGAGGGGUGUCCAGCCACUUUCCUGGGCAAUAAGAAUCAAAGUUGCUAUAGGUGCUGCUCGGGGGCUCUCCUUCCUUCACGAGUCAGAGCAACAAGUCAUAUACCGUGAUUUCAAGGCUUCCAAUAUUCUUCUGGAUUCGGUACGUGUGCUCAAAAGAAUAGCAACUGCCAAUGAACUACAUAUCAAAUGGAGAGAUUCUGUCUAUCUAUUUUUUUGUACAUGUCGGCGCGCAUGCGCACUUGUGCUUGAAUAUAAUGCAAAACUUUCAGACUUUGGCUUGGCAAAGGCAGGCCCCACCGGCGAUCGGACUCAUGUUUCGACUCAAGUGAUGGGUACUCAAGGUUAUGCUGCUCCCGAAUAUAUAGCAACAGGGCGGUUGACUUCGCGGUGUGAUGUGUAUAGCUUCGGGGUUGUGCUGCUGGAGUUGCUCUCAGGACGUCGCGCUGUCGAUAAAUCAAAAGUCGGUGUGGAGCAAAAUCUUGUGGAUUGGGCUAAACCAUAUUUAAGCGAUAAGCGGAAGCUAUACCGCAUAAUGGAUGUGAAAAUGGAGGGGCAGUAUCCUCACAAAGGAGCAUUUAUGGCCGCAUUCCUUGCCUUCGAGUGUAUUGGCGAUGCCAAACGUCGACCUUCAAUGACUGAGGUCCUGGCAAGACUAGAGAAGAUCCCGGUGCCCAAAGAGUUGACGGCUCCUGCUAGACAGGAGCAGCAGUUCGGCGCGUCAUCUCCAGGACUGAAGUCUCCGUUGCAACGCGACUGCCCUUCGCCGGCUGUCAGGACCCCGAGGGGAUCAUCCCCGUUGAUAACGCCAAGAACCCCACAAUCCGCUAUGAGAUCGCCUCGUCAAUGAAGUGCCACGGCAGAUUCUUUUGUACUGCACACACUUGACAGCAAUGUACAUCCUUCCUAUUCUCUAUAUCCUGUACUCUGAUCAGCAUAUGGAAGCUUUUGUUCUGUAACGAUUCAAGAAUUGUAAGAGGGGAAAUUUUGAAUUGGGGCGGAACUAGAGCUAGACUUCACUUCAUCCAAUUUCCAUGAGAAUUUAAAUAUUUGGGGUUCGUUUGUCUUCUGA